ACGGAGAGCACGGAGGACAAAUCCCCCCGGCAGAGCCUGGUGGGAGAGGCCGUUUUGAAGGGCUCCCCGGCGCAGGAAGGCAGCAGGGAGGAAAAGGGCCGGAGAUGCCCCCGGAGGAGGGGCUGCAAAGCCAGCCCAGGGAGCUGUGAGGAGGAAAGAGCCGUCCUGUGCCGGGAAGGCGGCCGGAGCUUGAGCCGGAGCUCCGAGCUGGUGGUCCCUGAGCAGCCUCCCAGCAGGGAGAAGCCCUUCAGGUGCCUGGAAUGUGGGAAGAGCUUCAGGCUGAGCUCCGACCUCCUCAGGCACCAGCACAUCCACACUGGGGAACGGCCCUACACAUGUAGGGAAUGUGGGAAGAGCUUCAGGCAGAGCUCCAACCUGAUCCAACACCAGCGCAUCCACACUGGGGAACGGCCCUACACAUGUGGGGAAUGUGGGAAGAGCUUCAGUAGACGCUCCAACCUCCACACCCACCAGCACAUCCACACUGGGGAGAUGCCCUACACUUGUAGGGAAUGUGGGAAGAGCUUCAGGAACAGCUCCAACCUCCGCACUCACAAGCUCAUCCACACUGGGGAACGACCCUACAAGUGCUUGCAAUGUGGGAAGAGGUUUCGGACCAGCUCCAAUCUCCUCCUGCAUGAGCGGACACACACAGAUGAGAGGCCCUUCCGCUGCACCGACUGCGGGAAGGGCUUCAAACACAACUCCACCCUCAUCACCCACCGGCGCAUCCACACUGGAGAGAGGCCCUACAAGUGUGGGGAGUGUGGGAAGAGCUUCAAGCAGAGCUAUUCCCUAACCAUACACCAACGCACCCACCAGUAA